AUGGCUUCUUCUAGGAGAUUGGCUACCCUUAUAUGCUCCAUUGCUUUUUCAUUAUAUUUCCUUAUCAUCAUUUUUCAAGUUCCCAUUUUCAGAAUUGGAAUCUGUAAGACACCAUUAGAAGUGACAUCUUCUCAGUUAAUUGCAAGUGAGGUAUUUCCACUUUUUAUAGUGAAGGCUCUUCUCUACCCUGGAGCUCUUGCAAAGGCUAUUUGCAAGCAGAAAACCAUCCCAAGCUACAAAAAUCUGCUAAUGUUGGACAAGUUCAAUACAAGGACAAUCUCUGCUGCAUCAGAUCUCCAACGCUUAGAGGUUCUAGCAGGAAGCUACUUGUCUGUGGGAGGAGCAAUCACGGGUUUGAUAAAACCAGGGAGAAUGAGCCUUUUUGGAAUACUUAUUCUCAUGUGGGGUCUGAUUAGAGAACUCAUUAUGGGAAAAUCUGGUUUCAGUAAUGCAAAAGGUAUACAUAUCUAUCCAGCCAUGUAUAUUGCUCUAGUCUCAGCAUUCUUCUCCAUUAGAAAGGAUGUCAGAAAGUUAAUUCGUAGCUUCACUCGAAAGCACAUUGUGAAGGCAAAACGUUCCUAA